AUGGGCAAUCUGGACUCCACCUACGCGACCGUGCAAAGUCUCUACCUGGUCGUCUUGGACGUGCUAACAGCCUUGCUUCUGGCUGCCAGCCUGGUGAAGUAUUGUAGGAAGUAUGGCUGGGCACGUGUCGCGCACAGGGCGGGACAGCAGUUUGGCCGGUGCAGGGCUUGGCUCGCAGAUGUGCAGGAUCCUGAUCCGCAGGUGGCCCAGAAGCUUCAAGUUGCCCUGUGCCAGCUGCUAGUGCGCUGCUCAAGGAUCCUGGGCAUCUUCUCCUUCCUGUGGUUGGUAACGAUUCAAUGGUAUCAUUUUCGGAAUGAGGCUUAUAAGUUGCAGCCCAUGGACUUUACUUACAUGCUGGCAUAUCCAGUGUCCAUGUUCUGCGUCGUCUGCCAGAGGGCAGUGAAGCCCACAACCCUGGAUGUAUUCUACGCAUUGAACCAGCUCCUGUAUGCUGUCCCCAUUUGGCUGGCGCCGGCGGCCGACAUCAAGUAUUUAGCAGGCCUCACGCUACUCCCGCGCCUCUUUGCCGGGCUUUCGGCCAAGCACGUUGCUCUGCCGCUGUGCGGGCACGUCCUCCAUUCCCUUCUGGUUUUGAAGUGCCAGCACUUCCAGGCGCCUGUGGAUGUCGGUUUGCAGGCGGCAGAGCUGGUUGGCCUCUUUGCAGGGACAUGGCUGGUCCGCAGGCAGCUUCACACGAGCGUUCAGUUGAGCUUGGACCUGAAGAGCCGACAGAUCGAGCUGGAAGCCAUCUCCAACUUGCUCUUGGGCCUUUGCGAUUCCGUGGUGGAGCUCGACGAGGAUCUGCGGCUGACGGAGGAUUCCCGGCAGCUCUCCACAACGCUCCUGUCUGGAGAGCCUGGGUCCAGGGGCGGCCUGGCCGGGUCCGAGUUCAUCGAGUUCUUCUGUCCGGAGGACCGCACGGCAGUUCAGACCGCACUGUGCCAGGCGGCUGUGGGACUCGGGCGCGCACCUCUUAAAGCCGUCGUGUUUGUAACCUGCCAGGUUAACUCCAGGCAAACACUUGGAAUAUUGCACAUCUGGCUGGUUCUUAGGACCCCGUUUAAGAAGUCGAGAUAUCUUGAGCUGAAGGGAUCUGAGGCCAGCCCUGCAGCCUGA